AUGCAUAAUGAUGUUGGGAUGGUGUCCAGCAGAAGGAAUUCCACAGGGGCGUUCCACCGCGACGGCCCGCCCAAGGACUGGUCCCAGUUCGCCGACCCCUCGCCGUCUCCUAAACUGCUGUACUCGCAGUCCUAUGUCGUCAUGAGGGGGCUGCUGGCGUCGCUGGCAUCUCUGGACUUGGCCCUGUGGUCAAGCACGAUGAAGUCCGCAUGGCGAUCGCCCGAGAGGUCGAAGUCUAAGGGGCCGGGCUGCAAGAGAGUUGCGUUCCGGCUGUUUGUUUGUUUCAUGGUCGGCAUCUUCAUCGGGUUCACGCCCUUCUUCUCGGUCGAUGUCUCUCAGAAGAUCGUCUCGAGGCUCCCGUUCGACGAUGGGGUGGAUGAUAAGGUUAAGGAGUUGGAUGCAAUCGUAGUGCAGAAAGAGGUUGAGGUGGUUGAUGAGCCCGAGGUUGAGCAGCUGAGCCCUCCGGUUCCUGCAAUGUUGGAUGAUGAGGUGGAUUUUGUCGAAGCUGCGAAACCUGCUAUUACUGAUUUGGUCAUCCCUGUGAGGAAGCUUCUGAUAGUGGUGACAAUCACUUCUGCUCGGCCACAACAGGCGUAUUACUUGAAUCGUCUAGCUCAUGUUCUGAAAGGUGUACCACCUCCUCUCUUAUGGUUAGUGGUGGAAUGGCCUGUUACUACCUUUGAAACAGCAGAAAUCCUCAGGUCUUCUGGGGUCAUGUACAGGCAUAUUGUCUGCAGGAAGAAUCUUACUAGUGUGCGGAAGAUUGCUGUCUGUCAAAGGAAUAAUGCAAUCUAUCAUAUUAAAAAGCAUCACCUUGAUGGUAUAGUGCACUUUGCUGACGAAGAACGAUCAUACAUGGGUGAUGUAUUUGAAGAAAUGCGGAAAAUCAGGCGCGUUGGUGCAUGGCCUGUAGCGAACCAUGAUGCAAGUAAGUACAGGGUGGUUGUAGAAGGGCCUACGUGUAAAGGAAACCGAAUCACUGGAUGGAACACAAUCCCGAAGAAGGGUGCACCCCGUCGAUUCCCAAUUGGUUUCUCUGGGUUUGCUUUCAACAGUACAAUGCUUUGGGAUCCUCAAAGGUGGAACCGCCCAGCUAUGGAUUCUGUUAUAGUCCACUCUGGUGGUAGAGGUGGUCUGCAGGAGUCACGAUUUGUCGAGAAGCUUGUUAAAAACGAGCGUCAAAUAGAAGGCCUUCCAGACAACUGCAACCGGGUCAUGGUCUGGAACUUCGCCCUGGAACCUCCCCAGCUCAACUACCCCGCCGGAUGGUCACUGUGGAACCACCUUGAAGUUGUCAAAGACCUGUAA